GCCCCAAGUCGGAAGUGACGGAGCCGAGCUAGCGCGACCAGGCCACCUCUAUGGUCUUCCUCUCCUUCUGGAGUCGGGAAAUGGCCGCUGUGUAGUUACAACGGAGGUAAAUCCCGAAAACCGUGCUUCGGCGUGUCAGGAAUUUGAAUUUAGAGUUUAAUUUCCCAUAACAUUCUCUACAAGAAGAAUCUUGGCAGUAUUUUAAAGACAUUACUGACUUCUGGAUCCUGCAUAAAGCCCAAGGAGAAAAGAAAUGGGCCGCUCCAAUUCUAGAUCACAUUCUUCAAGAUCCAAGUCUAGAUCACAGUCUAGUUCUAGAUCAAGAUCAAGAUCACAUUCUAGAAAGAAGAGAUACAGUUCUAGGUCUCGUUCCAGAACAUAUUCGAGGUCUCGUAGUAGAGAUCGUAUUUAUUCUAGAGAUUAUCGUCGAGAUUACAGGAAUAAUAGAGGAAUGAGACGACCUUAUGGGUACAGAGGAAGGGGUAGAGGGUAUUAUCAAGGAGGAGGAGGUAGAUACCAUCGAGGUGGCUAUAGACCUGUCUGGAAUAGAAGGCACUCUAGGAGUCCUAGACGAGGUCGGUCACGGUCCAGGAGUCCAAAAAGAAGAUCCGUGUCUUCUCAAAGAUCCCGAAGCAGAUCUCGCCGGUCAUACAGAUCCUCUAGGUCUCCAAGAUCAUCAUCAUCUCGUUCUUCAUCCCCAUAUAGCAAAUCUCCUGUCUCUAAAAGACGAGGGUCUCAGGAAAAACAAACCAAAAAAGCUGAAGGGGAACCCCAAGAAGAGAGUCCUUUGAAAAGCAAGUCACAGGAGGAACCAAAGGAUACUUUUGAACAUGAUCCAUCUGAAUCUAUUGAUGAGUUUAAUAAAUCUGCUACAUCUGGUGAUAUUUGGCCUGGCCUUUCAGCUUAUGAUAAUAGUCCAAGGUCACCUCAUAGUCCUUCACCUAUUGCUACACCACCCAGUCAGAGUUCAUCAUGCUCAGAUGCCCCCAUGCUUAGUACAGUUCACUCUGCCAAAAAUACCCCUUCUCAGCAUUCACAUUCCAUUCAGCACAGUCCUGAGAGGUCUGGAUCUGGGUCUGUUGGAAAUGGGUCUAGCCGAUACAGUCCUUCUCAGAAUAGUCCGAUUCAUCACAUCCCAUCACGAAGAAGCCCUGCAAAGACAAUCACACCACAGAACGCUCCAAGAGAGGAAUCUAGGGGGCGCUCCUCUUUUUAUCCUGAAGGAGAUCAGGAAACAGCAAAGACAGGAAAGUUUUUAAAAAGGUUCACUGAUGAAGAGUCUAGAGUAUUCCUGCUUGAUAGGGGUAAUAUCCGGGAGAAAGAGGCUCCAAAGGAGAAAGGGUCAGAGAAAGGCAGGGCAGACGGAGAUUGGGAUGAUCAGGAAGUUCUAGAUUACUUUAGUGAUAAAGAGUCUGCAAAACAAAAAUUCCAUGACUCUGAAGGGGAUGACACAGAGGAGACAGAGGAUUAUAGACAGUUUAGGAAAUCAGUCCUGGCAGAUCAGGGGAAGAGCUUUGCUACUUCAUCUCACCGGAAUACUGAGGAGGAAGGACCCAAGUACAAGUCCAAAGUUUCACUAAAAGGCAAUAGAGAAAGUGAUGGAUUUAGAGAAGAAAAAAAUUACAAACUGAAAGAGACUUCAUACAUAGUGGAAAGGCCUAGCACUGCAAAAGACAAGCACAAGGAAGAAGACAAAAGCUCUGACAGAAUAACAGUGAAGAAAGAAGUGCAAUCACCCGAGCAGGUAAAGUCUGAAAAGCUCAAAGAGCUCUUUGAUUAUAGUCCCCCUCUACACAAGAGUCUGGACGCACGAGAAAAGUCCAUCUUCAGAGAGGAGAGCCCGCUCAGGAUCAAAAUGAUAGCCAGUGAUUCUCACCGUCCUGAAGUCAAACUCAAAAUGGCACCUGUUCCUCUCGACGAUUCCAACAGACCUGCCUCCUUGACUAAAGACAGGCUACUUGCUAGCACGCUUGUCCAUUCUGUCAAGAAAGAGCAAGAAUUCCGAUCCAUCUUUGACCACAUUAAGUUGCCUCAGGCCAGCAAAAGCACUUCAGAGUCAUUUAUACAACACAUUGUAUCCUUGGUUCAUCAUGUGAAAGAGCAAUACUUCAAAUCACCUGCAGUGACCCUAAACGAGCGGUUCACUUCAUACCAGAAAGCUACUGAAGAACAUAGUACCCGGCAAAAGAGCCCUGAGAUACAUAGGAGAAUUGACAUCUCUCCAAGCGCUCUGAGGAAGCAUACCCGGUUAGCAGGAGAGGAGAGAGUUUUUAAAGAAGAAAUUCAAAAGGGAGAUAAAAAACUAAGGUGUGAUUCGGCUGAUCUUCGACAUGACAUUGACCGACGCCGUAAAGAAAGAAGUAAGGAGCGGGGAGAUUCCAAGGGCUCCAGGGAAUCUAGUGGAUCAAGGAAGCAAGAAAAAACGCCAAAGGAUUACAAGGAAUACAAACCUUAUAAAGAUGACAGCAAACAUAAAGGUAGAGAGCAAGAUCAUUCUCGAUCAUCAUCCUCUUCAGCAUCACCUUCUUCACCCAGUUCUCGAGAAGAAAAAGAGAGUAAGAAAGAAAGAGAAGAAGAGUUUAAAACUCACCACGAGAUGAAAGACUACUCAGGAUUUUCAGGAGUUAGCAGACCACGAGGAACCUUUUUUCGAAUUAGAGGCAGAGGAAGAGCCAGAGGAGUUUUUGCUGGGACAAAUACUGGUCCAAACAACUCAAAUACCACUUUUCAAAAGAGACCGAAGGAAGAGGAAUGGGAUCCAGAAUAUACCCCAAAGAGCAAGAAGUACUUCUUGCAUGAUGACAGAGAUGAUGGUGUGGAUUAUUGGGCCAAAAGAGGAAGAGGUCGUGGUACUUUUCAACGCGGCAGAGGGCGCUUUAAUUUCAAAAAAUCAGGUAGCAGUCCAAAAUGGACUCAUGACAAAUACCAAGGAGAUGGGAUUAUUGAAGAUGAAGAAGACACCAUGGAAAAUAAUGAAGAGAAGAAGGACAGACGCAAAGAAGAGAAGGAAUAGUCUCAAGAUUGCAACAGAGAGCAGAACUUGACACUUACUUUUUUUUAAAUCUGAUUUUUGUUUUUAAAAAAGAAUGUAAGCAUUUUACUUAAAAUGUACUGUUUGCAAGUAGUCUAUAGAAAUUUUGUUUUAAGUCUUCAAAUAUCUUGAAAAAAUAGUAGACUGUAUGUUGAAAAUUGUAUUGAAAUAAAGUAGAAAAUGUUCAGUAUCAUAUUUGUAACUAUAACUUUUAAAAACCUUUGACUGUUUUUGUUACAUGCAUUGUAUUUCUGCUUUGUCUAUAAGAAGUGGUCAAGUCCAGCUCUGGGACAACUCUUAACUCGCCUCCCUAUUAAUACUUGGUUCUGAAGUGAACAUUAGCUCUACACAAAUCCACACAAAUCCUCGAACAGGAAUUGUUUAUAGUGACCACACUAAUUAUCUUAACUGUACACAUCAGUUUAACAUCUUUUAAAAUUUGAGCACUACAUAGUAGGGUAACUAAUUUUUGAAGAAUAUCACCAAGUUGCUAUUAUGGUAAACUAGUUUCACACUUCAGCAAAUAUAUAAGGAGGACAGUAGCUUUGUUACUAGCUAAAAAGUGCAAAUUAAAAGUUAGAUUUGAAAAAGUGGUAUUUUUACUGAAAGCAAACAAUGAAUGGCCUGUAAAAUCAUUUUGAAGAGAUUUUCCGACAUGAAUUCAAAGUUGAAUAUUCUCUUCCAUUCCCAUUUGAUAGUUUGAGUCAUGGUCUUAGAUACCAGCUACCUAUGAGAAAGAGAGAGAUUGGUUUGUUAUAUAUAUCAGUGUAAGUAAAAUCCGUAUACAUAGACCUGAUUGUAUUUACAAAAAAAACAAAAAAAUAAAGCCACAACAAAACUUGGGAGUCCUUUCCAUGUGGAGGAAGAUUGUCCUGCAGCAUCCUGUGAUGCACACAGUCAUCUGGUACCUCACUGGGUAGCUUACAUGUUUAUUGGAUGCUUUGAACAGCUGUAGAUUAGUCCAUAAUUUAACUACAAGAUUAGAUAGAUGCAACAUACUGUUUAGUAUAUUUAAGUAAUUUGUUUUUUCUUAAUGUUGCCAAUAGAAGAUCUUAGCAGGAAGCUUGUAGCAUUGAUCUAAUUGUGUGUACACUCCUUCAAUUUAAGUUUAUAAAGUGGCCUUUUUCUUGGAGUCUGUGGUUUAGGUAAAUAAUCUUUCUUUGCUAUUUGUUUAAUAGCUCUUGAAGGAAUAAAGUAAACUUCAGUGCUAAGCAUUAAUUAAAAAAAAGUAAUACUAGCCACAUUGUAGCAGAUUAGUUGUGUAUUUUUGCAUUUAAAGAAGACAGUGUUUAUUUUAUGAAUGUGAACUUUUAAGUUUUGAUGAUUUUACAGUGUCUUCGACCUUGAAUAGCUAGUGGCGAUUGCUAAAAACUUUUGGCAACAAAAGUAAACUAAAACCAAAGUCAACAUGUGAAGCGUUUCUCACAAGGUGGUCAGGAGUUGGUAUUGCAUGAUGCUCCCAUUAGUUGUCACUUGGAAAUUAUUCAGUACAUCAGAGAAAAUACCUGAAAAGCAACUUUAUUGCUUCAAUCUGGACAUAAAUAGUUACUUAUGAUAACUUUUAUAAAUAAUAGCUCAGAUUAACUUAAAUGUAAAAGCAACAUGUGUUUAAUUCCCUAAUAAUUUUCAUACCAUUUCUAUUUUAUAUGAAUAUAUAACUUAUUUUAACAGUUAUUUGGUUAUACACUGAAUAUUCACAUGUUUGUACCUGUUUAGCUUUACUUUUUCCACAACAGAGAAAAGUAGAUUUGUUGAAACUUACUUAAUGAGGAGUAGCAGGCUGUAACCUGUGGUUACUUCCAUUUUAUAGUUCAAAAAUAUCCUACUACAUCAUAGUCAAGGGGUUGUUAUAAGAAGUGCAGUAGAAUACCACUGUGAGUCUUCCUUUUCAGAUCCAAACACAAAGUAGCCUGUGUGUAUUCUUUGAGAUGACCAUUUAAUUACACACUUCAUGACGUGUUACAAAAGCUGAGCGGCCCCUCCUCGUAAAGCUGCUUGAUUACAAGUGCCAGGAAAAGAACUGUUGUACACUGUGUAGUAUAUGUUACACGCUGCAUACUAUCUGUUACACACUGCAUACAUGUACUUCCUUUACCCAGAGGAAAAAUAAAAACGACUUAAAGGAUUUUCCCAGAAAAAAAAAUAAGAAAGUGAUUUUAGAAGGCCAUGACUUAAUUCUUAAGUUUGUAUGCUUCAACGUCUUAGGAAUUGUAAUAUAAAAAGCAAAGUCUUUCCCAGUUACACUCUAUUUCAAAGAAUUGUUACUGUUCCCUUUCGUCAACAGUUAAAAUCAGUGUUGGGAAUUAAAUUAUAAUUUGAGAGGAAAACAUUAUCCAGUGAGAAUGAAUGUAGAUGGCUAAAGGAUUCUUCCUCAGUGUGGUGUGUAUUUCCACAGGGACCCUUGUAAAUUGUCAUAUGCCAAUAAAACGUCCUAAGUGGUAA